CAUCAUCUUCCGGUAAAAGUCAUGACAUCGAGAAAAAAGUGAGUCCCAGGGAAAACAAACACCUGUUUUGCUUUGUGUCUGAGGUCAAUCAACUCGUAAGUAGCCUUUAUUUUAACAUUUACUGUAUCAGAGAUUUCUAAUAUUUCUAAAUAAAGUUAUUUUUUAAGCUGGGUUACUAACUCUAACCUAUCAAGUCAACAGUCAAAACACAUUUAUGUACAUUGUUGUUGUUGCUGUGAAUCGAGUUAAUGAGACUGAAGUGAAACUGUCUCUGUCUCAGCUACAAACAAAUUUCACUUGCUGUGUCGUGGUGUAUUGUAUCCUCUGUUUGCUGUGCUUGAAGGGUUAAUGUUGAUUCUCCUUAUCUAAAUUCUGCAACUGAACAACUCAUUUGGUUUGAACAUGAUUAGAUCGAUCCGCGAGAAGCACAGGUGUUGUAACACUCCUUGAAACCGGUUUGACAUUAUACACACAAUCACUUACACACACAAAAUCACAAUCAUAUACACACACAAACUCACACACAAACACACAAUCAUACACACACAAACACACAAUCAUAUACACACACAAACUCACACACAAACACACAAUCAUACACACAGAAACACACAAUCAUAUACACACACAAACACACAAUCAUAUACACACACAAAUUCAUACACAAACACACAGUCAUAUACACACACAAACCCAUACACAAACACACAAUCAUAUACACACACACAAUCACACACAAGCACACAAUCAUAAACACACAAACUCAUACCCACUUCAUUUUUAUUUUGUAUAGAUGUUUUGGAGGGGGGAUCACAGUGAGUUAUACCCCGACUGCCUUUUCUCACUUAGAAAGUGAGAGAUGGAGUGUAAGCUCUCCCUGGGGGCCAGUUGGGUCUGCUGUGAUCCCUCUGCAAUGAUUGUUGAUAGCUUCCUGCCGCUGUGUAUUGAUGCUGGGCUGGGUAGACAUCACAACCCGACCCCAGCAUCAGUACAAGGUGCACAAGGAACUGGAGCUCAGUAUGGGUCAUCCAGGCAGCUUCCUGGGGGCUCGCAGCCAUAGAGCAUUCACCUGAUGUGCCGCAUGUAAUGUUUUGUCGUUGUGUUAAUGAAGCGUUUGUACCGGUAAAGCAUGGAUGUCAGUGUGGGUAAGCAGGUGUCGGUUUAUUAAAUACAGAAGAGAGGUGAAAAUAACUGAUACUCACAGAUACUCUCAUAAUUCCAACUGGCUCACCUGAAACUAGAUAGGGUAAACCGUCAUCCCACAAUCUGAAUACUGCUAUGUGAUUGGUUGGAACUUACAUAUAUAAAUAUCACACUGCACCUGAGCCAGCUAUGUGCUAGUAGGCCGUGACCGCCUGCCGCUUGACACCUUGGGAGGACCACCUCCCCACAGUAAUAACACCUCUAACUGCACCCAAAGAUUCCUUGCACCAUAACCACUGCAAUGAUCUGUAAUAAUACAACAAGCUGUAUUAAAACAAUAAUACUAUUAUAAUAAACUGUAAUGGUACAAGCUGUAAUAAUACAAUAUGCUGUAAGGCUUUUGAUAGAGUUCCACACAUAUGCUUACUAUACAAACUGAAAGCAUUUGGUUUAAAUUAAAAUUCUUGUUCUUGGCUUAGAGACACAAUUGAGAAACUAGACUGGUAAGGAAAGAUGGCAUUGAACAGCGCUAUAUAAAUAAUAAUAAUUUAUAUGUUAAUAUCCUUAUUAUUAAAGUGAUAGAUGUGUAAUUAAUGAUCAUGUUAUAUUUUGAUAUUGGUAGAGCCUGGACGAGAUUGAAAUAAUAAUAAUAAGUGUUGGAGGUUCGACAUGGACAACAGCAAUAUUACCAGAAUUUCAGGAACCAGUGUGGUGAGUGUGGUGUGUGUCCUUGGGAAUGGCUUUCAUUUUCCUACUGUGCUCUGUUAUCCCCAAAUAAAGGUUUCCAUCACUCACCACCCUCUAUGGUUUCCAUCACUCACCAGGAACCCCCUGUGGUGUGAUCCCCUACAUCAGGGUUUUUGGCAUUCACCAGGCACCUCCUAUUUUGUCACCUCCACCAUUCAUUCACCAGAAGCCACUAAAUAAUGCAAACACCAGGGCUAUCUUUAUUUAACAGAUCCUUCCUAUGCUGGGAUCCCCCACAGGUCUUCCCACGCAGGUCUUCCAUUCUUUAACAGCAUCCUACUAAGGUGUGAAGGCUAACAUUGGGGGCAUCCAUUAAGCACUAGAAGCACCCACCAAGUCUGCAACUCAACACAGCUCUCUAUUGUGUGAUACACCAGGGCUUUGACAGUGGGCCAUGGAAAUAUGUCAACAUGGAAAAUGAUGCCAUUGGUCCAGUAACUGAAUCUAGAGAGCAGCUUGUAGGAGCCUCAAAAAGCAAAUCUUUACAUAGAAACAUAGAAUGUGACGGCAGAUAAGAACCAUUCGGCCCAUCUAGGGGGAGAGAUGGGUUGGAGGGAGAGACACAGGGAAAGGGGGGAGGGAGAGAGAUGGGGAGGAGGGAGAGACACAGGGAGAGGGGGAGGGAGAGAGAUGGGGAGAGGGGAGAGCCACAGGGAAAGGGGGAGGGAGAGAGAUGGGGAGAGGGGAGAGAAAGAGGGAAAGGGGGGAGGGAGAGAGAUGGGGAGGAGGGAGAGACACAGGGAAAGGGGGUAAAAGAGGCAGAGGGGGAAGCUACGGGCUAGAGUUCACUCUCACCACUUCCUGGUGGUCGCAGUAGUAGGAGUGAACUCUAGCCCCAUACACACACUGCCCACACACACACACACCAUACACAUUCACACACUGCCCCCCCACACACACACAUUCACACACUGCCCCCCCACACCCACACACUGAACCUUUCACACACAUUGUGUGAUGGAAUUCCAGUAAAAUACAAGUUUAGCAGGCCAAGAUUGCCACAAGGCAUAUGUAGGUACAUGUGUUUGUAGUAUCAGUUAGUUAGUUACACGUAGCUAAGAUACUGUCAUCACUAUACUGAGCAUGUGCAGGAAUGCAGGAACUGGAAUUACGCGUCCCUCUCCUUUGUUUCAGAUGAGCCACGUGGUUAGACCGGAUGGAUGAGUUUAGACUCAAUUCAUUGAUUAGGUUAAGGGUAUGUGUGGGCGUAGCUAAUUAUGGGAGGAGCUACAGUGCUAUAUAAGGAAUGUACUCUAUGUAUUCAGUGCUCAGAUCUUUGCUGUUUUUGGUGACAUAAGUCCCUCUGAGUUCCGGUCGGUGAAUCGAAUAAAGAUCUCUUCCUUCCUGAAGAAACCUGUGUCCAUCUCUCUGUGCUUGGCCUCCGUCAGUUUCCCGGUAACAGUUGCACCCCCCACACAUUUCACCACUGCUCCUAUACCCUACUACAGCCCCAUAUCCCAGCAGACUCCAGGUAAGUUGUCAAACUGUUCUUAAACGGUUUGACUACUUACUCUGGGAGUGGGUGCCGACACUCCUGGCACCAUAACCACUACACAGAGGAGUAGUGGUUAUUGUGCAUGGAAUAUUUCUUUAAAUAAUCUACAAGUGCCCCUCCGGGCUCAGGCUCUGGAUCCGUCACUGGUAUAUGACAUGUAUAUUAAUGUGUAUAUUAUAUAUAUAUAUAUAUAUAUUAUAUUUACACAUAUUAAUGUACAUUUAUAUAUGCAUAAUACACAGAGAAAUUUCAUGAAUAUGUACCCCAUAUGUAAUGAGCAGAUAUUGGCCCAAUCUUGUUGCUAGAUGCAUACUCCAGCACAAUAACAUAUUGAAAGUGAAGAGCACACCCACAGGACUUCAAAAUAAACAUUUUUUACAGUUGUGCCCUACAUACAUUCACCAUUUCAGUCCCAUUACCAAGCUUUCCUUAAUAUGUCAAGGUAGUUGGACUGAAACAUUGAUUAUAUGCAAAGGCACGUCUGCUUAAAAUAAAUCUGCACUUUUGUUUAUUUUGAAGCCUAUGAGUGUGCUUUUUACGUUGAAGUACUUUUUAAUUUUAAAUUAUCUGUUCUAACUCUGUAUCUGCACACUAUGCUGGCGCGACGCAUUAUGGGGCUGGUAAAUAUUUUUUUUCCAGGGCUGCUUUUAAUUCCCAGUCCGGCCCUGCUUCUGAAGGUAAUUGGUUGCACCAGAGCUUUUAUGGGCUUCAUAACAAGGGGGGUGAAUACAUACGCACAUGCCUGUUUUCUGUUUCUGAAAAAUAGUUUUAUGUAUAUAUUUUUCUAAUUUCACUUCACCAACUUCGACUAUUGUGUUCUGAUCCAUCACAUAAAAUUCAGAUUAAUAAAACAUUGAACUUAAGGCUGUAAUGUAACAAAAUAGGUAAAAAGUAAAUCGGGGGUGAAUACUUUUGCAAGGCACUAUAUAUUUUUAAAAAUGGGGGAAGAGGGGAGAGCACAACUGUUCCAAGAGUGACCACUAAACACUCUUGUAAACAAACACAGAUCAAGUACGUCCCCAAGUGCACCACUAUUUGGAAUAAAUGCAAGAACCAGAUUUUAAAUAGACAUCUUCUUGAGAAUCAAUCAAGUGCGAGCUGGUCUAUGAGGGUUAGCUAUUCUGUAAGAAAACACAAGACAAAAAUUUUUAAAUCUCAGCAAUUUUUUUAAUUUACACGCCCUGUUUGGCAUGACAGACAAGGCAUGUGAAUUAAUUUAACGCCUGCAGUGUUGUAGACAAUCACUGUAGUUAACAGUAGUGUUUAUUGGGGUAAUGGACAAACGAACUGACACUUACAGAGAAAUGACAAUUCCAUUUUCACUAGAGUUUAAAAUGUUAUAACUCAUGCUUUCGUUUUUCCAUCAAAACAUUUCAGGAUGAGCUGCUGGAAAACCCGAACACUGACUUCCAUCCUGAAAGGUUUCUGAAUAUCCAGCAUCAUUUGGUCAUCUUAUUCCAUGCUCGCAGGUGCAUGAAAGAACGGAUGGCUGAUUGUAAGCUCCCACUUUGCCAAACAUUAAAGAGCAUUUUCAAUAAUGUGGCACAGUGCCCAUCUUGGAAUGAAUGUCCAGGUAAGAGAGUGUCCAAAGUUUUGUCUAAGACAAUGUCUCGGAUUAUGCUCUAUUAAUGAAUGGAAUGAUAGAUGGAUGGGUGGUUGGGUGGGUGGAUGCAUGGACGGACAGAUUAAUACAUUGAAAAUGAAAGGAUUAAUUCUUAAGGGAUUGUUUCCUGUUCAUUAGCUGUAGACCUUGAUCAAAGGUAGACAAUAGAACACAGUUCUCGAGAUGUCUUGUAUCUAUAACUCCUGUGAUUCAUGGAAUGAACAUGUUGUUUAUCCCUGAUCUAAAAUGUUUACAUUUUACAGGCAGAUAAGAUCAAUGGAUAAAGGUCAAGGCAUUUAACUCAAAUAUUAAGAUCAUGACAUAAUCUCCUUCUCUCUUCCUCAGUUAACUACUGCACAUUUUCCAAAAAAGUCCUUCUCCACUGGAUGAAAUGCAAGCAGUGGAACUGUCGUAUAUGUGGUCCCUUACGGAAGAUCCCAAGUCAGCCGUGUGAGUGUCCUCUCACUGUUGGUAUAACCAUGGGACAAUUAGGAAGUGAAAUACAUUUUUAUUUUAUACAUUCAAUGCAGAGUAAAAUUAGGUUGUAAAUUGAUAAAAUUAUAGUAGAUUGCCCAGAUGCCAAGGGAAGGUUAUGUUUCCCUAUUUUUAUAGUACCAAGCACUAUGUUGCUUGAAGCCAUAUUAAUGGAUUGAAGGCAGUGGUUACCAAGGAGGUAACAUGUGGCGAAAAGAACAAGGCGCCUUAAAACCAAUUCUAACAGACCGACUAUCCCUACAAAUGAAACCUACCUAAUAUCAUGUGCUUUAUUUCCCUUGUGCCCCAAUCAUGGUCACAAAAUACAUUAUUUUACUAGCUGGAUGUUACGAUAGGCAUCUCAUCACUAAUUCUGGACAGCGGUAGGUGUUAUAAAACAACUCAGAUAUCUCAGGGGCUACAUUAGGCUUUAUACCACUUGUCAGGGAAAACAAAUGGAAUAAGCAUCCAUGAUUUACCCAACAGGUGAUUAUCAGCAGACCCUCCGCGAGGAAGGAUUGGCUUCAGACAAUAACCACCAUACACUGAACUCCGAGACGGAUCUUCCCAACUCCAUGACAAGAGUAAAGUAAGACAUGAUUAGAGCGUGUUCGGAGGAGGAAGGUAUGGGGUGAACUUAAAGGGAGUCAAUCUAAAGGGGUAAGGUCACUUCCCAGGAUUUUUAAUAUUCUUUGACUUAAUCCCUGUAUUUAACAAAUAUGUGUCUGAAAAUAAAAUUAAAUGUAGAAGUUUAAACUGCUCUAAAUCUAUCCGGCAACAGGGUGCCCCCCUCUUGAUUCCAGGUCAAUCACCAUUAUAAGCUCUUCCAUUUUACAUAUCAUGGAACAUAUUGUGUGACGUUGCAGUGUGUGCCUUGGCCACAGUGCAAUGUUCUGGCUGUGCCUGGACUCAACUGGAUUGUGAUGUGAUUUGUUAAAACUGUAAUAAAGGGAAGAAAAGCAUCACAUGACAAAAAAAAGGUGAAUCCAAUAUAUAGGUGAUUUUCAAUAUUGUAUUCUGUGGUGUCAUUUCCAGAGAAGUGAUACUUCCCCUUUUAGCCAUUUCCAAGGACGGUGUGAUUUGGUAUCUGAUGCUACACACACUUGGAUUUUUCGAGGGUUCUAGCAAGGUUUUAGCUGUAGAACAGGAGAGCACCAAUGUCUGAUGUGUGCCCAACCUGCCUUUGUGUUUAAUGCUACAAUCCUCUAAGAUACCUCUCUCUUCUUCUAAUGACAGCCAGGCACAGAACAGGGAGUGUACUAUAAGCACUUUUGCCAGCUUUGGUACCACCAGAGAUUGGGAGCUGCCAUUACCUACAGCACCAUGGGAAACACUGUACACACCGGGAACUGAGAACAUGUGUGAAAAUAUUGGACUUUGUUCGUAAGUGUGUAACCGUAAACUAUGGCAACUCACAGACUGACGUAUGAAGUCAAUGGAACAUGGCAUGUUUUAUGCAAAAACACCUAAUAUAGAAAAAUAACUGGGUUCGGGAAUUUCUCCAGCUCAAUUAUUUUGAACAAAAAUUUGUAAUUCCUUGUUAAUUCUUUCACAAUUUUUCUAUUGUUUUCCAGUUUUACAACAGUGGUAAUUGUAUGCAUUUAGCUCAAUGAUAAAUUUAUGUUCUAUAAAAUCAGCAAAGCCGGGUAUGUCUUAUAUACAGUCAUGGGAAAAAGAAAGUACACCCUCUUUGGCUUUACAUAUCAGGACAUAACAAUCGUAUAUUCCUUAGCAGGUCUUAAAUUUAGGUAAAUACAACCUUAGCUGAACAACGCCUGACAUACUACACUGUGUCAUGAUUUAUGUAACAAAAAUAAAGCCAAGGAGAGAUCAAAAAAAUUACAGGCACCGAUAUCCCCCUGGCACCCCUAACGAUGCUUUUGCACCACACCCGAAGCCCACUGACAGCAUACAAAAAAUCCCUGGAACUGCCGCUACUCAAUGCCGCCAAAUCCCUUAUCCCGAGGAUGUGGAAACAGCCAAGAGCGCCCACCUUGGGGCAAUGGAUGUCAGUGGUAGAGGACAUAUACUCAAUGGAGACCCUGACGGCCGACCUCCACGGGAAAUCAGAGCGGUGUGCAUUGACCUGGUACCCAUGGACCACAUACGUGGCAGAUGGAACUGUAACCCCCGAGCCAAUAUAGCUGAAACUCACAGAACACCACGAUAACUGCCUUACCCCUCAUAAGCACAGACACGCCCUACCCAUUAACCACACACAGACUACGGACAGUUUUCACACCCCCGACCACAACAGACAUCAGGAAGACAUAACACCCGCUAGAACAAACUACACAAACCACCGAUACCUGGAGUACUCCAGGACGGACACCUUAAAUACCCCCUACAGCUACUAGACCAGAUACCGGUUCUCACCCUAAACGUAGAGUGCACAUCAUAAGUGCAACAAACUGCGCACUGAAUGCAAGAGGAGCUAGGAGCCUUGAAACCUGAUCAUAAGUUACACUACCUAAUGCAUGUGAAGGAAACUAUUGAAAUAUUGAUGGAGAAGUCUGAUUUGAGAAUGUUAGUAUAAAGGCUACGAAUGUUGUUAUGCUAUUCAGAAAUAUGAUGUUGCAACUGAUGUUUCACCGUAUCUACACAUUUCUGUGACAAAAUGAUAAAAAUGAAAAUAAAGAUUGUCAAAAAAAAUAAAUAAAUAAAGCCAAAAUGGAGAAGCUAUGUGUAAAAACUAAGUACACCUUAUGAUUCAAUAGCUCGUAGAACCACCUCUAUCAACAAUAAUUUGAUGUAAUCAUUUUCUGUAUGACUUUGUCGGUCUCUCACAUCGUUGUGGAGGAAUUUUGGCCCACUCUUCUUUACAACGUUGCUUCAGUUCACUGAGUCUUUCUGGCAUUUCUUUAUGCACAGCUCUCUUAAGGUUCCGCCACAGCAUUUCAGUUGGGUUGAGGUCUGGACUUUAACUGGGCUAUUGCAACACCUCAAUUCUUCUAAUUUUCAGCAAUUCUGUUGUAGAUUGGCUGGUGUGCUUGGGAUCAUUGUCCUGACCCAAUUUCGGCCAAGUUGUAGCUGUCAGACAGAUGGCUUCACGUUUGACUCAAGAAUACUCUGGUAUACAGAGGAGUUCAUGGUCGACUCAAUGACUGCAAGGCUCCUAGUUUUUGUGGCUGUAAAACAAGCCCAAAUCAUCACCCCUCCACCACCAUGCUUGACAGUUAGUAUGAGGUUUUUGUGCUGACAUGCUGUGUUUGGUUUUUAACAAAUAUAGAAUUGUACAUUCUGAUCUGAGGACUGGAUAGUCUGAUCUGAAGUUAGAGGGAGGGAGAUGGGCGUGCCUAAAUAGAGCGUGUCUGCCACUUGAAUUAGUGCAAUGCAGUUUGAUUGACUCAUAGGUAUGCCCUUUCUCAGUCCAUCCGCUCUGCAUGUGAUCUUCUCCUGUCCGCUGCUUGCACCCUCACUACUAAUUCGCGCUUGCAAGACUUAUCAUGGGUGGCUUAUUUCCUCCUUCUCACGGGCGGCUCUCUCCCCUAGUUUUCAAUCCUUUAUGUAGUCUCUCAAAACCCAUCUUUUCAGAAAUGCUCAUGGCCUCUCGGAGUAACUUCUGUUUUACAAAUCUGUCUCUUGCUCUUUCCUAAGGUGCAACACUCCAUUCUCACCUCCAAUUCUGUUACAGAGAAAUUAUAUACCAAUUGCAUAUCAGACUGAUUCCACCCACUAAUAAAUAAGAAAAUAAAUUAAUAAAUAAAAAUAAUAAAAAUGUCUCUUCCUUUUCGUUAUUAUUUCCUUCAACGUCUCAGCCUCUCCGGACUAUUUAUUGAUUCUGCAGAUUAGUUUUUUUAAAACUUGUAAUUGGGUCAUUGCAUUAUCCUAGUUGGAAUCCAUUGUGACCCUAUAAGUAAUUUUAUAAUUUUUAUUUACUUUUGGGCCUUUCUCAUAACAGAAAUGAACAGAGGAAAUCUGUAGAAGUUGGGCGUCACAGUGAAAAUUUGGCUAUGUCAAAUCCAGGUAAAAUACAAACGAAACAAAAGUCUUCUUAGUAAAGUUAUCACUGGAAAAAAGAAUUAUUAAUUUGAAUGUUGCAAAUACUAAUUUAAUUAAAUAAUUUCUGUUUGUUUAUAUUUUAUCCUACUCACUCAGCCAUCACAGCUGUCCAAAUAUGGACAAAAUCUAUUUGGCAAAUGCAGAGAUGUAAACAGUUUGACCCAGAACUGAGGGAUGGUGGACAUAGACCUCUUGUGCCAUAACCACUAUGUUGAUCUGUAGUGUUGUUGGUGUUCAAAUUGCCCCUUUAAUUAAGGAGUCCAUUUCUAGCAUAUAUUUAAGGAGUUAUCCAGGCGACUAAACUUCAAUAGUGAUGUCCCGAACUGUUCGCCGAACGGUUCGCGAACUGUUCGCCACGGUUCGCCACGGACUCCAGUCAGCUGACACAUUCCAGCCAAUCAGCAGCAUACCCUCCCUCCCAGACCCUCCCACCUCCUGGACAGCAUCCAUUUUGAAGCUGCAUUCUUAGUGAGCUGUCCAGGAGGUGGGAGGGUCUGGGAGGGAGGGUCUGCUGCUGAUUGGCUGGAAUGUGUCAGCUGACUGGAAUCCGCGCGAACCGUUCGUGGCAAACCGUGGCGAACAGUUCGCGAACCGUUUGGCGAACAGUUCGGGACAUCACUAAACUUCAACCAUACAUGUAACCUACAGACAAUUUAUUAUUAUUGCGUUUUUCAUCCAUGAUUUUGCAAUAAAGAAAGCUUCAGCUUAAUGAAGUGGUCUGUGUGCCAGGUCCAUCUAGGAUUAACCCUUUCUGCUGUAAACAUAGUUUCAGAGAAAAUGCUAUGUUUACACUAGGGUUAAUCCAGUCUCUAGUGGCUGUGUCAUUGACAGCCGCUAGAGUCGCUUCAAAGCUUCUCACUGUGAGAAUGCUUUCCCAUGAGACUGGCUGAAUGCGCAUGCGCAUUCAGCUGAUGACGGGAAAGGAGGAGGAGAGUCCCCAGCGCAGAUGGAGCCCGGCGCUGGAGAAAGGUGAGUGUUUAACCCCCUUCCUCCCUCUUCAGACCGGUGGGAGGGAGGCACUGAGGGUGAGGGGGACCCAAGGACCCUAUAGAGCCAGGAAAACGAGUAUGUUUUCCUGGCACUAUAGUGGUCCUUUAACUCUAGUAGCAGGAUGGAUCGAGCAGGGAUUAGAUUAAAGAACUGGAUCUGAAAAUACACAUGUGGGCCCAGAGGUUAGACAGGGCCCCCAAAACCAUGAAUUUACUUGGUCUCAUUACUAUAUAAAGAAUUAAGGGAGGCCCAAACUGGUAACCUGUGAGUACCUAAUCUUUCACUCUGUGUGAGAAUUCCCCAUUGAAAUCAGUUGGGCUUUAUCAGUAAGUUUUCUAUUUUUCUAAACGAAUGAUUAGGUAGAUGGGUGGGAGCACUUAAUGGGAUAAUAGCUAGUCACAAAGUGUUCAUUUCUGCCAUUCUUUUACUCUUUGGUCUUUCAGAGUCCCAAUCCAGCUCGGUGCAGAAUAAUACUCUGGUAAGGCAAGAUAGCCAUCAAGAAACCCCUUCACAAAUUUCUCCAACUACCACUGGCUCCAGGACCACCCAAGAAGUAUCUCCAAGAAGGACAACUCAACGCCAGUCUCCGGCAGUCAACAACACCAGCUCUCAAAGUUAGUAAUCUGGUUAGAACCAACAUUUGUUAGAUCAAUCCUUCUAUUCACCUAGCAGUCAUCAAAUAUGGAAGACCAGUGUUAGCAAUGGGUGAACAAAUUGGUCACCUGGUGUUUUAUUGCAGGCAUCAUUUCUGGUUAUGUUUUUCAAUGGUAUAAACCAUAGGUAUUUAAAAGUCAGUUCUCCAACUGUGAUAGACUUCCAAACUCAUGAUGCUUUGCCAGCCUUACAAUUACAUUUUCACCAACCCCGAAUGUACUUGCAACACUGUAAAAUGAUCUCCUGUUAGCAUUAUACAUAUCAGAUUAACAUAUAACCUUAUGUCAAUGACAAUCAUCAUAAUUCACUUUCAUAUUUCCAAUCCUAUUGGUGUAGAUCAGAAUAAUGCUUCUCCCAGACAGCAAGCUAACGCCGUGGCGAGAGUUCCCCAGCCCACCUCGCGACUUCUCACACGGUAAGUUUAAAUCUCAGAUCUUACUUCUGAUUUUGAAAUAACUAGAACAUACAUGGACUUUAGGUUGAGAUGUGUCAACAGAAGAGGUGUCCCAUGUCGGAUAGCUCUAUCUUUAUCAACAUUAAUGUAGGAAAGGAAAUUAGACAGGAAGUGGACAACUCCUGAUCCUUUUUGUUUGAUUAAAUGGGAAAAAUAUUUUAGCCAGUGGGGGAGGAGACUUGGGGAAGUUGCUUUUAGUACAUCAUCCAAAAUCCUCAGACUAUAUGCAGCAUUGUGCUGAUCCUCACUCAUUACAUUAACCCUUUUACAACUCCACUGAAGGGAUUUUAAUAUCUGUCUUCAGGAUCACACCGGUUCCUUGGUGUUUCAGGAGUCCCCCAGCAAUCCCCAACAAUGUGGGACCAUCCUGAUUUAAAGGAUGGUGUUUCUGGUGUCAUGCAUUUGGGGAAACCAGAGAACUGUCCCCAACAACAUGAGCACAUCUUUAGACACGCUCACAUUUGCUGAAUGGCAUCAGCUAGGACUAUGUAGAGAGUGUUUCAGCUGUGCUCGGAGCAUGGUCUGGCCUUCGUACUGACUCCUAGCGCAUGCCGCGGUAGGCUCGUCCAACCAAUUCCACAACUCUACAUGUAUUAGGAGAAGAGAUAUGUGUCCUUGUUCCCCUCUGAUUUCUGAAUUUCACAACGGGGAGUUGGUAGAGAUAUUUUUUCAUGUUGGGCAGCGGAAUCAGUCCUUUGACCUAAUUAUAUUGGCUCCCUUUAUCCUAAUUUGAAUUUGUAAAGUCCAAUUGAUGUUAUUUAAACCACAUGGCAGUUAACUUCAUAUUGUAUUUUUUUUUAAUUAAAAUUUGCUGUAAUAUAUUUCUAGUGUACAAGUUUUUUUAUUUUAAAAAAUAGCAUUGCAUUUGAAAUGUGGGAUGAAUUAUUUGUGGACAAACCGUUGGACAAUAUAACAAACUGUAAUACGACAGGAGAAUUUGACUCACUGCUACUCUAACAUGUCAUCCCUCUGCCAGUCCUUACAUUGGCUUCCUAUACCCUUCAGGAUUUAAUUAAAAUGGACUCUAAUUCCCCAAAACCUCAAAAAUCCCACUCCUCAUUACAAUUCCUCUUUAAUUGACAAAUACAACCCUCCUCGUUCCUUUUGCCUCUAUGUGUGACCUUUUACCCAUAGGAUUUAUAAACAUUCCUAUAGAAUGCCUUACCUCACCCUUUUGGACUUUCCCCUAUCUUCCAACCAUUUAAGAAGUUACAUUUUUAGGAUAGCCAACCAUCUUCUUUCAUUACAAUAUCAUUCCCGUCCCUCCACACUUAACUUGUGUUUUUGUUUGACUCUCUAUCCUUCUAGUCUAUUUUCCUCUUCACACCAUUUACACAAACUUAAGUAGAAACAGUGGUUUUAUCCAUCACCCUCUUCUUCCCCCUUCUCCCAUGACAUGUUCAUCCUCUUAUGGUCCCCUUAACCAUUUACAUUUAGAUUGUAAGCUCAUUUUAACAGGGCCUGUAGCGGAGCUCCGAUACCAUGCAUAGGUAUCUCCGCUAUUCCUUCCCUGUAGCUGAAAGAAGCACUGCAAUAAUCCAAGACCCUUUCCCCCCAGCAACUAGACGACACAUACUUCUGGGAGUCGACUUAUUUUAUUUUGACCACACAUGGCUUUUAUGCACUGACCCCUAGCAUGGGGUUUCCACAUCAACAUUACAAGGGUUAUCCUCCCAGGAGUCUCUGUUUCUGAGAGAUAAUUGAGUGAGAAAACUAUAAUUGUAUUAUCUCUUAGAUAAAUAGAAAAUAUUACAAUUCACCCUAAAAAUACAUUAUAAUAAAAUAGGAACCCCAGAAAUGGUAUAGCAUAGAAUAGCUUGGGUCUGAGCGCCCACUUUGUCAAAAUAGUGCUCAGAUCCCUUCAGUGGUUUCAGAACACUAUUCGAAUAAAGUUUUAACCGGUCGACCACGAGGUGAUGCCCCAAAACAGUUCCAUAGAAAACAAGGCAACAACCGGUCAUCUUUCGGGGGUUCUCACACGAACACCAACGAAUGCUACCCCUGGCUGUUAGGGAGCAAAUGCUCCUCCUGUGCGGUAGUGCAUGCCUCCUGAACUCCGUUCUCAUAACUGUUCAAGAAGUUGGAUGGGCAGCGGUACAAGUUUCCUGCGUGUUCAAGGGGUUGCGUAUCUGAGAUAUAGUUCCAUGCCGUCGACGACCAUGUACCGCUGUCGGCGAUUGGGAGACAAAAUGGCCGCCAAUUCUUGGAGCAUGUGUGUUUGUUUUUUUACGAACUACGGCCAUGCAGGGUAAACACUUGCAUUAAUUAUCAAUUUGUGGUUAACAGCCAGGGGUGAUCGGUAAUCAGGAGGUGCGAACAAGGGGACCACACAGAGUUGGUUCGGUAAACGAACGGGGGGUGUACGGACAGCCGAACAACCAGGAAUAAAAGUGUAUUAGGGGAUCCAUUCCACUUCAGGGCCUUAUUCACCUCUUGCAUCAGUCGACAUUAAUUUUGUCUGUCAAUUACUUGUUAAAUAACUACAUUGUAUAAUUGUAGAAGAGUUGCUAUAAUAAAUGCUUAUAAUAAUUAUAAACUGGAGUAGGUUGUAAUAGACUUAUUAAACGAUUGUAAUCUAAAGUGGGAAACACCUUGCCAUAUGACUCUGGUGUGUGAAUGUAGAGCAAUUGCUAUUAUUACCGGUAACAAGGCAAAGUGAAUGAAAUGUUAAUCAGUGUUACUGUCUCAAUGCAGGAGAAACAGCAGGGGAAUAUGGAUGAGAAAAUCGAAACAAAGCUGGAAAAGUUGGAAAAGAUGUGAAGGCCUUUGGAUCCCUAAUCACAAAUUCUGACACUUAAGAUGCAGAACUUUACCAGUUGGCCGACAGCAGAUAAGAGAAAUUAACAACUACCGAGUCCCUUUGAAUCUUUAACAAGAAGCACAAGUUGAACUUUAAUGGGGAAAAAAUAGGCAGGGACAAGCAUUUUAUAUGCACGUUUGCUUGAACCAUCAUUGGGUUACCAUAGCCAUAGAAGCCUAAAUUCAGAAUAUAUGACAAAAAGAAAAUGUAUUUGGCGCAA